AUGAGAGAUUUUGCUGAAGGUGGUGGCCCUCGUUCAAGUGGAGGAGUAAGGGUUUAUGUUGGUGGCUUGGAUGGCGAAAUUAAAAAAGAAGACCUGGAAUUUGCAUUUGAGAAGUUUGGAAAACUAAAUAAUGUUUGGGUAGCUUACAACCCCCCUGGUUUUGCUUUUGUUGAGUUUGCUGAAAUGAGAGAUGCUGAGACAGCUUGUGAUAAUAUGAAUAAUACUACACUAAUGGGGGCCCAAUUAAGAGUUGAAAUAUCUAGAGGGCGGGGUCGUGGAGGGCGUGGUAGAGGUGGUGGAGGCAGAGGAAGUGGUGGUCGUGGUUUUGGAAUGAGGGAUGAAGGUAGAUCUGGUUCUUUCCGUGGGGGUAGUGGUGGACGUGGGAGAGGAAGUAGUGGAGGAAGGGGAAGAGGUGGGGGUGGUAGUGGUGGCGGAUUUAGGGGCAGUGGUGGACGAGGAGGUGGAUUCGGCGGUGGUGAUAGGGGAGGCGAUAGGUUUGGGAACAAGGAAGGUGGUGGAGGUGGUCGUUACCAAGGUAAUGGCUAUUCUAGUGUCAGGGAGCCACGUUUCCGAAGCAGAUCACCACACAGGUUCAGCGGCGGCAGUGGAGGCGGAGGCGGCGGCGGCAGUGGCGGUGGUAGAAGGGAAUUCGGAGGAAGCGGUGGUGGUAAUAGCUACGGAAGAGGAGGUUUUCAACGAAAUUCUUACUCAGGCAGUGGUGGCGGAUAUUAG